GCCCGCACUUACGCGAACGUCCUCCUCUCCACAACAGUAUCUCUCGAAUCACAAGACAGAGAGGGCGAAAAUGUCUCUCUUAGGGAAAGGUUUUCUCGUUAUUUCCUCGUGUUUGGUCUCCUUGGUGGCUGCGAGUUCGUCAAGAAAUGUUUCCCCUCCUAUCAUCAACCCAGGCUGCACAACAUCAUGCACAGAGCCUUGGGUAGUCCACAUUAAAGCCGACGGGAAGAAUGACACAAUGCACCACAUCUGGGGUAUGCAUGCCGCCCCUACCUUCCUCUUUGCCACAACAGAUUUGUCCUCGGAGCUGAAAGUCAACUGGGAGAAACUGGAGGCAGGGGAAGAGAAGUCGAUUCAGUUUGAUUCUCCACCAAGUUACGUCUUUGGAUUUGCUAUACCCAAUUUGAUACUCUUCAAUGACGUCAAUGAUACAGGCAAACUGGACGGCAUCCCUGCUGCAGAUCGGCAAGUUGUUUCUAUGUCAGAGUUUGAGUGGGAGGUGCAAGAAACCUUCAACGAUUCAACUCGUGAGGCAGCAGUGAUUUUCAAGACUUCAAAGUUCAGGGGAGACCCUUUGCCCAAUGACACUCACAUCAGUAUUCAGAUGGCAGCUUAUGGUGUGGAUGGUAGAAGCACAGUGUUACCACACCUCAUAAGAACACCUGACUCGGCCCAAUUUGAUAUUGUGCUGGAUCACCUCUUUCUGAAUUUGAACUCAACAGAAGAAAUAGCCCUUGGGAAGAAGCCAGACUAUUAUCCAAUGAGUGGUUUUGCAAAACCUCGCUGGGCCUUUGAUUUCUUAUUGUUUAGUACAGAGAAAGCAGAUGGAAAGAAAAUACAAAUUUCAAAACAAAAGUCACUUGAUGACGAAAAUACUCCUGGAGUUUUUCACUUGGAUGAGAUCACCACACCCUUAUCUCGGGCAGGAAGUCAGGGUGGUUACCUUCAGUGGCGGCCUGUUAGCUACCUCACCAGUGAUCGUGACAUCAAUUUUUCCACCUUUCCCAAUAUCAAUGAGACUUUUCCACUUCUUGAUAACAUUACACUUGCAAAGUCCUCUUUGGCAUAUGCACUGCUUGGAGAGGACCUGUUAACAAGAGUCACAGCCACAACAACAGUAGCAUUCGGUCAGCCAAAAGACAACUUCUACACUGGCAAUAACUACACAACAUGGACUGUGGCUAUGGGGCAAGGUUCCCCUCCCAUAGAGACAUUUUCAACCAUGGUAAUUAUCGUCAUUAGCUUAGGGGUUGGCAUCCCAGUGCUUAUGUUCCUCAUUGGAGGUAUUGUGAUAGCCUCGCGCAGGUGUCGUCGGUCAUCUGAUCAACUCCUGCUGAAUUAGGCCUGAUAAUUUUUUGUAUAAUUACCCCCCAAAGAUCUUUAUGGAUUUAUUGUUAAAUGGUCACUAGUAUUUUCUUGCUCUUUUUUUUCUUUAUUUGAUAUAUGUAUAACAUAUUGAAACUCAUGAAAUUAUGCCACUUUAAAUGAUAAAUCAAUCCUCAUGAAAAUAAGUGCCUUCUGAGAUUGUUGCAUGAUUUUGUUAAUGUUUUGAUACGACAGACAGACUUGAUACAAGUCCAGGUGUUAUAGCUGGGUAAGCUUUGUAAAAAUCAUCUUUAAAGUUUAAUAAUGUUAUCACAUAACACCCAAACCACUCGCCAAAUGAUGGGUUUACUAUGCUUGAGUGGCUG